CUGGCCGACCCAGAUAGAGGAAGAGCCUCUGCUUCCAUUUAGGCUGCCCAGAGUUGCAAAAAUUGAAAAUUGACCCAAGUUCCUUGCAAACCUCCCCACAAUCCCAUUUCUUCAACCAAACAAAAAAUCCCGGUUCCCGGCGACACCAGAAGCGGUUUUCCGGCGGACCCAGAUGGAGAAAGAGCCGUUGCUGCCAUACGUAGGCAGUCCGAGAAGAAAGCUACCAUCUUUAUCGAAUCUCUGGCCACUUCCAGAAGACGAUGAAUUCACUGUCUCUUUAACGCCUUCGGAGUUCAAAGACCGUAUAAUCUUUGGCCCUGCAACUGCUUCGCCUCGAGAUUCUUCUCCUCUUGUCGAUGCAUUGACUCUGCCUAUCCAUUCUCCAAGAACUUCAAGACCCCCUUCGUCUUCUUCUCUAUUGGACUCCUUAGCCACAAGCCCACAGGACCCACAAUCCCAACAGCCACCAACCCCGCAAUCAUGGCUCAUCGACCCCAAUUACUCAUGGACCAAAACCAACCUCCACCGCUCGAAAACAGCUCCUGCCAUGGCUGUGAUCAACGAGGUGGCCAACCGGCGCUCUGUUCCCAGACCCCAGUUCGGUUCGCAGUCGAUUGUAAGACAAGCUGUUGUACUUCUUGUUAUAUAUCUUGCAUUGGGUGUGAUUAUAUAUUGGUUUAACCGUGAUCAUUUUGCGGCUCUGGAGACGCACCCUGUGGUUGAUGCAUUGUACUUCUGUAUUGUGACAAUGUGCACAAUUGGGUAUGGAGAUAUUACGCCUACUACUACUGCAACCAAGUUGUUUUCGAUAGCGUUUGUGUUGUUGGGGUUCGGAUUUGUAGACAUUUUGCUUAGUGGGAUGGUUAGUUACGUGCUUGAUUUGCAAGAGAAUUAUUUUUUGAGGAGCCUUAAGGGUGUGGGUGAGAAAAAGGAGUCUUACAUAUUUGAUGUUAAGAAGGGGAGGAUGAGGAUUAGGAUGAAGGUGGGAUUGGCAUUGGGAGUUGUCGUUCUUUGUAUUGGGAUCGGUGUGGGUGUUAUGCAUUUUGUGGAAAAGCUUGGAUGGUUGGAUUCAUUUUAUCUUUCGGUUAUGUCAGUUACCACAGUUGGGUAUGGCGAUCGGGCUUUUCAGUCUCUACCAGGCCGCAUCUUUGCUUCAGUUUGGUUGCUUGUGUCGACGCUUGCUGUUGCUCGAGCAUUUUUGUACUUGGCUGAGGCUAGGGUGGAUAAACGGCAUAGGAAGAUGGCGAAGUGGGUUCUUGGUCAGGAUAUGACAGUUUCCGAGUUUCUUGCUGCUGACAUUGACAAUAACGGCUUUGUGAGUAAGUCGGAAUAUGUCAUAUACAAACUCAAGGAGAUGGGAAAGGUAUCAGAGAAAGAUGUAAUGCAGAUCUGCACCCAAUUUGAUAGGCUAGACACAGGAAACUGCGGAAAGAUAAGCCUUGCUGAUCUCUUGAGUCGACAUUGAUAUCCAAGUCACUGAACUUUGCUGCCAGAUCCGUUGGUACUCUUCCUCUUGCCCAUGCAUCCUGAGCAUCAAGUCAAUCUUUCGUACUUUAAACGUUGAUGCGCGGUAAGCCUCGCAGAUGCAUUUCCUAUUAAGUAUACAACAGUCAACAAAUCAAAUGUCAAUAUAGACGAGUAGCGUUUAUCUUGCCGAAAUGAAUAUAAAAGAUGAAAGCUCAGAAAUCAACCAAAUGUUACUUUUUGCUGCUUCGUAACUGUAAAUUAGUACGAAUGAAGAGGAAGAAGAAGAACCUUGAUUACGUGACGAGCUCACUUCGCUUUCUUUCUUUGUUGCAUGGAGAUCAAGUUUUUUAUAAUCACAAAUAUGAACACUUUUGUAGAUUGAUUUUGUUGAAAUGUUGUUUUUCUCUGCAUCAGCAGGUUAGGACUUGUGGCGUCAAUGAAUUGGGUUGAUUGAGGCCCCAUUUGGUA